AGUUGGGGUAGUACUGAGGGCUAUGUAGUGAGCGCUAAAACAGACUGAUUUGUGUAGUGUAAAUGCUAAUUUAUUAGAGACAGUUCUACUGUUAUGCCAUUAUUUAGUGUGCAGCUUUACCAUCUUCUUAAAAAUCUGCAGCUGAUGCUUCAACUUUGUUUUAAUUGACCGAGCUGAUCCCUGAGGAUGGGCGAGAACACCAGCCCUAUCAGUGUCAUUCUGGUCAGCUCGGGAAGUCGAGGCAAUAAGCUGCUUUUCCGAUACCCUUUCCAGAGAAGUGCUGAGCAGCAUUCCUCGCAGACUGAUAACCCCAGGAGCUGCUACGCAUUAAACAACACAGGAGAAAACACUGAUGAUCCAGAUGGAGACUCCCGAGAGCCCGCUCGUAUAACAGAUGAGCAGUUGGUAGCGGGCUUUUCGGAUGUCAUCCUCGCCACCAUUUUGGCUACAAAGUCAGAUAUGUGUGGGAAAAAGUUUGAGCUGAAGAUUGACAAUGUGCGUUUUGUCGGUCACCCCACGCUGCUCCAACACGCACCAUGCCAGGUUUCAAAAACUGAUCCUUCACCAAAGCGAGAAAUUCCCACUAUGAUCCUUUUUAACGUGGUCUUUGCACUGAGGGCCAAUGCUGACCCAUCUGUCAUAAGCUGUUUGCACAAUCUGUCUCGGCGCAUAGCCAUCGUCCUGCAGCAUGAGGAGCGGCGCUGUCAGUACCUGACCAGAGAAGCCAAGCUUAUCCUGGCUAUUCAGGACGAGGUGUCAGCCAUGUCUGAGACAGAUGGGGGUCCACAGUCGCCAUUUCACCACAUCUUACCCAAAUGCAAGUUGGCAAGAGAUCUAAAGGAAGCUUAUGACAGCCUGUGUACGACCGGGGUUGUCCGACUGCACAUUAACAACUGGCUGGAGGUCAGUUUCUGUUUGCCGCAUAAAAUCCAUUGUGUGGGAACAAACUUCAUCCCCCCAGAGGCCAUAGAGAGGAGUCUGAAAUCCAUCAGGCCGUACCAUGCGCUGCUGCUUCUGAAGGAUGAGAAGAGUCUGCUGAACGACCUCCCUCUGGAUUGUUCCCCUGCAUUAGUCCGAAUCAUUAAAUCUACAUCUGCUGUGAAAAACCUGCAGCAGCUGGCGCAGGAUGCUGAUCUGGCGCUAUUACAGGUGUUCCAGCUUGCAGCGCACUUGGUGUACUGGGGUAAAGCGAUCAUUGUAUACCCCCUGUGUGAGAACAAUGUGUACAUGCUGUCUCCCAAUGCAAACGUCAGCCUCUACUCGCCGCUGGCUGAGCAGUUUUCAUGUAAUUUCUCUGGACACCAUCUGCCAUCAGUUCUUGCAAAAUUUUCUCUGCCGGUGUCAUUGUCAGAGUUUAAAAACCCACUGUCGCCCCCGGGGCAGGAGUCUCACCUCAUACAGAUGGUUAUUUGGAUGCUCCAACACCGGCUGCUCAUUCAGAUACAUACGUACGUGUGCCUGUUGGUGCCACCCAAUGAAGAUGAUGCUUUAAAGGAAGAGGACACGCCCUUUGCUGCCAGGGUUGGUGGGAGGAGUCUGAGCACCCCAAAUGCUCUCAGCUUUGGUUCCCCAAGCUCCUGCACUAUUUCCGUGGGCGCCACCACUUGGAGGAGAUCAUGUACAACGAGAACAUGCGUCGGUCGCAGCUUUUGAUGCUAUUUGACAAGUUCCGCAGUGUGCUGGUCGUGACUAACCAUGAAGAUCCCGUUAUAUCAGUCUUUCAGUCUGUGUUUCAUUGAUGACAAAAUGCUGUUUUAUUAUUCUUGUACAUAUUUUAAUGUAAAAUAAGUCAAAAUAAUUAUGUUUAUUAAAAAAUGAACCUAAUGGAAA